CGCCCGCCGGCCCGCCCGUCAGUCAGGCAGGCAGGCAGUCGGUUCGAGCUGCCUUCGGUCUCUGCAGCAUUCCUGAGCGCGACCCCCUUGCUCCUUCUUGGUCAACGGCGGCAGCUGCACCGGCGGCGGCGCGGUCCCUCCGGGAGGCGCGGCGUGGGCCGAGGGACGGUCGCAGAGCGUCAAGCCCAGCGCGGCGGAGGCGGCGGCGGCGGCGGCCGGGCAGCCAACAUGGCGGCGGCGGCAGCGGCGGGCGCGGGCCCUGAGAUGGUCCGCGGGCAGGUGUUCGACGUGGGGCCGCGCUACACCAACCUCUCUUACAUUGGCGAGGGCGCCUACGGCAUGGUGUGCUCUGCUUAUGACAAUGUCAACAAAGUUCGAGUAGCUAUCAAGAAAAUCAGUCCUUUUGAGCACCAGACCUACUGCCAGAGAACCCUGAGGGAGAUAAAAAUCUUACUGCGCUUCAGACACGAGAACAUCAUUGGUAUCAAUGAUAUCAUUCGAGCGCCAACCAUUGAGCAAAUGAAAGAUGUAUAUAUAGUACAGGACCUCAUGGAAACAGAUCUCUACAAGCUCUUGAAGACACAACACCUCAGCAACGACCAUAUCUGCUAUUUUCUUUACCAGAUCCUCAGAGGGUUGAAAUAUAUCCAUUCAGCAAAUGUACUGCACCGUGACCUCAAACCUUCCAACCUGCUGCUCAACACCACCUGCGAUCUCAAGAUAUGUGAUUUUGGCUUGGCCCGUGUUGCAGAUCCAGACCAUGAUCACACAGGGUUCCUGACGGAGUAUGUAGCCACCCGUUGGUACAGGGCUCCGGAAAUUAUGUUGAAUUCCAAGGGCUAUACCAAGUCCAUUGAUAUUUGGUCUGUAGGCUGUAUUCUGGCAGAGAUGCUAUCCAACAGGCCCAUCUUUCCGGGGAAGCAUUAUCUCGACCAGCUGAACCACAUUCUGGGUAUUCUUGGAUCCCCAUCACAGGAAGACCUGAACUGCAUAAUCAAUUUAAAAGCUAGAAACUAUUUGCUUUCUCUCCCACACAAAAAUAAGGUGCCAUGGAACAGGCUGUUCCCAAAUGCUGACUCCAAAGCUCUGGAUUUACUGGACAAAAUGUUGACCUUCAACCCUCACAAGAGGAUUGAAGUGGAACAGGCACUGGCCCACCCGUAUCUGGAGCAGUAUUAUGACCCAAGUGAUGAGCCCAUCGCUGAAGCACCAUUCAAGUUUGACAUGGAAUUGGAUGACUUGCCUAAGGAGAAGCUCAAAGAACUCAUUUUUGAAGAGACUGCUAGAUUCCAGCCAGGAUAUAGAUCUUAAAUUUGUCAGGACAAGGGCUCAGAGGACUGGACGUGCUCAGACAUCGGUGUUCUUCCCAGUUCUUGACCCUGGUCCUGUCUCCAGCCUGUCUCAGCUUACCCACCUUGACUCCUCUGAGCCAUUCGGAGGAGCGGUUUCUGGUAGUUGUGGCUUUUACGCUUUCAAAGAAUUCCUUCAGUCCAGAGAACUGUUCCUGGCACCCCUGUGUGUGUCACCCACUGGUGACCUGUGGCAGUACGUACCUUCAGUGCACCUACUGCUUACCGUUGCUUUAGUCACUAAUCGCUUUCUGGUUUGAAAGAUGCAGUGGUUCCUCUCUCUCCUGAACCCUUGCUUACAUGACGCCCUGCUGACCCAUGCAGUCUCACCAGAGAUCAUUUUUUCACAUUGGCUCUCGUCACUGGCAUCUCACUUUAUGAUAGGAAAGGCUACUACCUUGGGCACUUUAAGUCAGUGACAGCCCCUUAUUUGCACUUCACCUUUUCACCAUAAUUGUUUCCCCAGAGCAGGAAUUCGUGGAAACACCUGGGAUGACAUUGCAGCCUGCCGCAAGUGCUCCGUCCUGCGAACCUUGGGGGCGCUUGUCAGUGUCUUUUCUCAUAUCAUGUUAGUCACUAACAUUUAAGGUAUGUACUGUUUGCCCAGCUUUUAGAAAACUCAGUCAUUUUUCUAAAUAAAAGAAAGAUGUACUGCACUCAGCGACUUCACUCUGUAGAUUUACUUUGGUUAUUUGUACCAUUUACAGAGGUAUAACACUGGCCGAAAUGUGUUAUAUGCAGAACAGAGUGUUUGCAGGACUUAUGCAAAAAGCUUUAAAGUGGCAGCUUCACUGGAGAUUUAGUGAGAAACAAAGGUCACAGCAGGGCGCUGAGGAAAGUAUCUGGAGAAGUAGCCGGUAGGCUGCCUGAUACCGCUGGGCGGAGCUCCGUCCCAGGGGUUCCCAUACCCCAAGCUACUUCACAUGGUGUGCCACAUUCAGUGUAACCACAUUCGAUGCCUGGGGAUUUAGCAGAGGGUAAACACUGCGUCUUUAAAUGAGAAAGUGUACAAUUCUUUUCCUCCUACAGCAUGUCAGCAUCUCAAGUUCAUUUUUCAACCUACGAUAUAACAGUUUGUAAUAAAGCCUUCAUGAGCUCACGACAUGAAGCACUGUUCUGUCAUCAAGUGCUCUCAAAUGUUUCUGAUACUGCUGAGCUAAGCCUGUCAGAAAAAGCUAGCACUAAGUCAUGUUUGGAGCUCAGUCCCUUAUUUUCCUGAUCUCUUUAAGUAUUUGUUCCUGCCACUGUACACUGUGGCAUUGACUCGGUGUUCUGUCCCAGUGCGGUGCCUCCUCUUGACUCCCCCACUGCUCUCUGUGGUGAGAAAUUUGCCUUGUUCAAUAAUUACUGUACCCUCGCAUGACUGUUACAGCUUUCUGUGCAGAGAUGACUGUCCAAGUGCCACAUGCCUAUGAUUGAAAUGAAAAAUCUAUUGUUACCUCUGAGUUGUGUUCCACGGAAAAUGCUAUUCAGCAGAUCACUUAGGAAUAAUUCUAUUUUUAGCUUUUCAUUUCUCUUCUUGUUUGAUUUUUGACAGCAAUGAAGAAUGGGUUAUAUAAAGACUGCCUGCUAAUAUGAACAGAAAUGCACUUGUAAUUCAUGGAAAUAAAUGUACAUCUUCUAUCUUCAUAUUCAUGUUAAGAUUCAGUGUUGAUUUCCUCUGGAUCAGCGUGUCCGAAUGGACAGUCAGGUUCAGUUUGUGCUUGGAACAGAAGUGCUUACAGGCCUCGCCUUCCCACCCAGGCGCUGCACCAACACUGGUUUACAUGAAAUGAUUUAGAAAGCAUUUUUUCCCCUUUUUUCCUUCUUGCACAGCAGAGAAAUCAGUUCUGACCUGUUUCUUUAUUCAUAUCACAGCAGAAUAUUGUCACACUCUAGUGAAGAAGCCCAAACGUCUCAGGUUGGAUUCUCUGGUUCUUUCUAAAGAGGGCUUGCCUGUGUGCCCCAGAGCUGUUGCUAGGCACAGCUGAGCACUCAAAAGGGCUGCUCAGCACCCCUCGGCCCACCCGCCCCAGCCCAGGGUGCUGAUGCUCAUGCCUCACAGGCUAAACAAGGAUAGCUGACUCAUCCUCAGAACUCAGAAUCACAUUCUUGCUCUGAAAUGAGCUUCACCUCCACGCUCAGAGCUGCCACGUCCAGGUCCACACAGCAUUGACCGGAUGUAGAUGUGACUGUUAACGCGAUACUCUGAUAAGUCAGUUUUCACUUUAAAAGGAGCAUUGACGAUUUUACUGCUCUUGUUUCUUUGUUUUUAGAUGGAAUGUUAGUAUUAUUAGGAGGUUAAUCUGCAGUUCUCUAAAUAGAAAGCCAUAGCCUUGGUUACUAAUCCCUGGGGACGGGGCUCUUUCUCAUCCUCCUUGCUGGUACCCUGAAGUCGGAAUGGCAUGAAACCACUAACUGCAUUCUAGAAUCACUGUAACCAUACGUUGUGUGCUUGUUAUUAAUCAUGCCAAACCUGAUUUAAUAGGUCAGAGAAUUGUCAUAACCAAGGGACCUGUUAGAAAGUACCGGCUGUUACGUGUGCAAGACUCAUCAUUUGAAUCUUAUUGCAUCUCUAAAAAUGUACAGAUUAGUUCAUAAGUUUAUGUUGGUGAUACUGAACAUAAGCAUUUAGACUAAUGGCUUUUUUGGUGUCUAAAAUGUAAGCAAAAAACUCCUGUUGAAACAUUCCAGUCCUUUCAUUUAGCAUGAAAUAAAAUGCCUCCCAAGCCAGUGCAGUGGGUUGGAGAGCACUCACGUUGACCCUGUGCCGACACAGGUCUCAGCGCCGAUGGUAGGGGUGCACAGGCCACUUUGAUGCCUGGGGCGAAGACUGUCGUCGUGCUCGCGUGCAGUGCACAGGGCUCGGUGUGUCUGCGGUGAUGCCUUCCGCUGCAGGCACAGGGGCAGCGGCACCUGUUAGCUUUCAGGAGCCACACGUGGUUCAUCGGUGGUUGUUUCUGAAGGGUCACCAGACCGGCGUACUGCCCUCGCUGCGUGCCACGUGAUAUUCAGACCAUCAGAGGCGACUGUUUUACCUUUAUUUGCUUAUCUGUUAAUACAGUUUUUAAAUUGGUAACUUUUAUAUAGUGUGGUAACAGUAUGUUAAUACACACGUACAUAAUGCACACAUGCUUUGGGUCCUUCCAUAAUACUUUUAUAUUUGUAAAUCAAUGUUUUGGAGUAAUCCCAAGUUUAAGGGAAAUAUUUUUGUAAAUGUAGUGGUUUUGAAAAUUUGAGCAAUCCUUUUGCUUAUACAUUUUUAAAGCAUUUGUGCUUUAAAAUUGUUAUGCUGGUGUUUGAAAUAUGAUACUCCUAUAGUGCAGACAAGACGCAUGUAGCAGUAGAGUAAAUCUGUGGUUUCUCUCACUGUAGUCCAGCUCGGCAGCGUGGGUCAGAAACGACCCGUUCUGAGCAUCCAGAGGGAAUUCUGUAGGGUUGCACCAGGUUCACCUAAAGCUCGUUGCCUUUUUUGUGCUGUUUAUCUGUGUAGAGCACUCAAGAAAGUUCUGAAACUGCUUUGUAUCUGCUUUGUACUGUUGGUGCCUUCUUGGUAUUGUACCCCAAAACUCUGCAUAGAUUAUUUAGUAUAAUGGUAAGUUUAGAAAAAGAAGUUAAAGGAAGAUUUUAUUAAGAAUCUGAAUGUUUAUUCAUUAUAUUGUUACAAUUUAACAUUUAUUUGUGGUAUCUGUGAUUUGGUUAAUCUGUAUAAAAAUUGUAAGUAGAAAGGUUUAUAUUUCAUCUUAAUUCUUUUGAUGUUGUAAACGUACUUUUUAAAAGAUGGAUUAUUUGAAUGUUAUGGCACCUGACUUGUAAAAAAACUACAAAGAAAUUAGAAUCAUUAAAUUGUGUCCGUGUUACCAAAAUAA